UGUCCCAAGAGGAGCUAUUGAGAGCUAUGGGUACCCUUUCCCCUACUGGCGAGUACCCAAAGAACAGCUCGAACACAUCUGUGUGUGAAAUCCAAGAUGGCUUCCUAGCGAUCACUCUGCCCGUGAUGUACUCCUUCAUUGCCAUUGUUGGCCUCCUGGGCAACCUCUCGGCUCUCUGGGUCUUCCAUUUUGGCACUCAGAAGCUGAGCUCCAUCACAGUGUACAUGAAGCACCUUGCCAUCUCGGACCUCUUGCUUGCCUUCUGCCUGCCCUUCCGAGCGGCCUUCCAAAACCAGAGCGGUCCUCCCGUCCUCUGCAAAGUGAUCGGCAUCAUUUUCUACCUCACCAUGUACGUCAGCAUCUUUCUUCUCAGCCUGAUCAGCCUGGACCGCUACCUCAAGAUCAUCAGGCCCCUCCAGCAGUUCCGGAUCCAUACUGUGGCCUACAGCACAGCCCUCUCCAGAGGGGUGUGGUUAUUCUGCGGUUUCACCAUGCUUGCGUUCUUUUUUGAGAACAGGAGUGGGGCUUGCGGAAACAGAUGCUUCCACUUCAAGCGCAGAAGCGUCCAGGGAGCAGUCCUCAACAUGACCGCAGUGGCCACCUUCUUCUUCUUACUCCUCAUCUUCCUCUACUCAUAUGGCAGGAUUGCCCUUAAGCUCUACAACGUCUCCUUAAAGACGACUCAGCAACAAAGCAAGAGGAAUAGCACCAGGGCUGCCCUGAAGACCUUCGUGGUCUUGGCCAUUUUCGUCAUCUGCUUUGCCCCCUACCACGUGGUCCGGGUGCCCUACAUUCUUGCCCAGGUAGGGGUGAUCACUUGCAUGGGGAGCACCCAGGCCCUGCACCUUGCCAAUGAACUCGUCCUUGGCAUCUCAGCCCUGAACUGCUGCCUCGACCCUGUGAUCUUCUUCUUUCUUUCUAGCAGUUUCAAGAAAGCCAUGCUGAGUGCCACCCACGGGAAGCUAAAGGGGGCCUUUCAGAAGAACCAGGGGGUCUUUGGCCCCAGAAAAUCCAUUACAGACUCUAGGAUCCAGGGGAGCUGA